GGCUGGGGGUCAGGCCCGUAUCUAUACCAUUAUCCACGAUGAGGCCGCCCGCAACACAGGUACUAUGUCCAGAAUGCUUUCUAUCUCCAACGUGCCUGUCUUUGCAUUGUGUGAUACCAGUGCUACCCAUUCUUUUUAUAUAACACCAACAUCUUUUAUCUCUUCUCGUUGCUUGGAGGCCUUAUCUAUUAACAUUGUGAGUUCUUGUGAUCCUCUCGAGGUUAGUCUAGCCUCGGAGAAAGUUAUUAUCUCCGAUUCUUUGGUUCGUGAUCUUCUAGUUUCUAUCGGUGGUCGAGUUCUGAUUGUUGGUGCUUAUGUAAUUGAAAUGCGAGACUUUGACGUGAUCUUGGGCAUAGACUGGCUCACCCGCUACCGAGCCGAUAUCCGGUGCCAGGAGCGCGAAGUCACCCUCUUUCCCGAUUUCGAUCAGCCUGUUGUGUUCUAUGGGGUGAAGUCGAGCU